AUGACGUAUGUCACAAGUUCAGGUGACAUUGUUGAUAGGCAACCAUGGGGUAUAAGGUACUUCAAGCAAUUGCUUCUUAAUAUUUUCACCGUCAUUUAUCUAUUUAUUCAAACACUCUUACCUCUAGACCUUUUUCGCUCGAGAUCAUCUAAUCAAAGGAAUUUUUGGGAUGGGAGACCACCUCGGCCACCUGGAAGACGUUUCGGUGGAUUUGGAGGCUGUGGAGCUGCUCCAGGUGCUCCACCAAUGGCUGGUGGAGGAUGA